CUGUUUGAAAGUAACAGGGUGACUGCUUGUGUCUGUUUGUUGCUGCACCCUGGCUUUAGUUCAGUAGCAGAAGUCUCGGUUGUUCCUUUACGUUCUUCAUGGAGCGGGAAUCACGGGAAACUGCAAGCAUCGAAAACGACAUGUCGGACCUGGUUUUGGCUGACCUGGACUCUGCCGUUAAAGUAGAACUCGAGACGGGCAACGGCUCUUCUGAAGAAGGCCAUCAUGUGUCGAGUGUAUCUCAAGCUUUGUUUCAUAAUGAAGAAGAGGGUGAAGAGGAGGAUGAAGAUGACAGUGAUGAUGACAGUGGCACAGACCACUUUAACAGUGAAAAGUCAGGGACCCAGCUGCAGAGAUGUGAGCGAGCUGGAGGAGGGAAUCUUCCUGACACAUUCCAGACCAGCCACCUGCUCUUCUAUGAGAGGUUCAAGGCGUACCAGGACUACAUGCUCGGAGACUGUAAGCCCUCAGAGGUGAAGACCUUCACAGUAGACUACCUAGAGAAAGUGCUGGAGCCAUGUGACUGGUUGGCUCUAUGGUCUACUGAUGUCUUUGAUGUUCUGGUGGAGGUGAAAGAUUUGGACUUGAAGGACCUAAAGGCAUGUGUAAGGCUGGUGCUGCCUCUGCAGUGUGAAACCAAAGGCUGUGAACUAACUGAAGAUGCCAUGAAAUCUCUUCUGGAGGCAACUCAGCAUAAAGUCCCCCUACAGCAGCUGCAGGUGGUCUAUGAGGAGUCUGGGGACUUCGAUCAGACUGCCCUUGCUCUUGAGCACCUCAGGUUUUUCUACAAACACAUCUGGAGACAGUGGGAUGAGGAAGAUGAAGAUGAUGAUUUUGACUACUUUGUACGUUGUGUAGAGCCUCGUCUCAGACUCUACUACGACAUGUUAGAGGACAGAGUCCCAGCCGGCCUGGUAGCAGAGUACCAGUCCUUACUAGAGAAAUGCUCCCAGUGCUUCCAGCAGUUUUCUGUGCUGCGCAGCAGCCUCAGCACUGACUCAGACUCUGAACUGGACAACGUGUCCAUGGUUGAGGGCCUGAAGCUGUGCGACCAGGUGGAGACAUUCAAGCGCAAGCUACACAUCAUCGAGAACCCCCUAUUGAGGUAUGUGCUAGCCUACAAAGGAAAUGCGAGGCAGCAGUGUGUGCAGAGCCGUGGGCCCAGGGAAUCAGGUGUGAAGGUGGUUCAUGUGGUUACCGCCUCCUGCAGCUCUAUCCAGCUUCAGUCUCUCCUGAGUGCUAGACUGAUGCCUCUCUGCUCCUCUGAGGAUGCUGAGAUCCAGUUCCACAGGGAACCAGUAUCAGCAGUGGAUUCAUGCCAUCAGGGUGACGUGGUGAUCGUUCUCCCAGGGAUCUACAGUGUCAACAGGUCCAUUUCCAUACCAGAUUCCAUCACUGUAGAAGGCUUUGGGUUUCCUGAUGAAGUGGUGAUUGAGAAGAAAACCAAAGGCGACUCAUUUGUGGAGUCAACAGGAGCUGAUGUCAGACUGUCCAACAUCAAGUUCAUCCAGCAUGAUGCUAUUGAAGGCAUUCUGUGUGUGCGUCAGGGAACUCUGAACAUGGAAAACUGUGUGCUGCAGUGUGAGACCACUGGAGUUAUUGUCCGAACAUCUGCCCGUCUCACAAUGAACAUGUGUGACCUCUAUGGAUCCAAGGGGGCAGGUGUGGAGAUUUACCCUGGCAGUGUUUGCAGUCUGGUUGGUAAUGGCAUCCAUCACUGUAAGGACGGGAUUCUCAUCAAGGACUUUGCUGAUGAGCUAGAUGUGAUGCCAUCUAUUACCAUGGAGAACAACGUGGUCCACAACAAUGAAGGCUAUGGGGUGAUUCUAGUGAAACCCAACAAUGCAAAACAAUGCAGUGGUUCUGUGGCAAAAAGUGAAGACCCAGCUGCACAGACAGGUGAAGACAAAAAGACAGAUCUUCACUUCAUCUCCACAGUGUCGACAACAUCAUCAUCAAUAGCAACAUCAACAACCACUACCCUGACCAGCAGCAGCUCAGCAGGUCUUCAGCCUGAGCCAGUAGCCAAUAACAGCAUAGACGGGGACACGGCCUCCUCUACAGGCCAGAAGUGGCCGUUGAGUCGUCAGCUGAGCAGAAACAAAGAGAUGUCCUGCAGCCGAGCAGUCGAGGAUCUGAUGGACCACCAGAUCUUUGUCUCUAUUCAGGGAAACCAGUUUAAACGCAAUGGCAUGGGUGACUUUGGGACCUUUUUCUACUGACAAACACAUUGAGACUGAAUGUUGACACUGUAAAAACACACACAGCUUUUAACAUUCAUUCUGUUUUUGGGCAAAAAAUAUUCCAAGACCAGAAUGAUCCAUUGAGGAGUUGUAAAGACAUUUUUAAGGAAGGAAGUGAGCUGUGGUCAUUUACUGUAUAAACUAGCUGUGUGUGUGUGUUUCUAUCAGCACUCUGAUGCUGGCAACGCAGUGAUGGUGAAUUGAUUUCUACUUAUGAUUUUGCCAAAAUGCUUUUAUUGUAUUUAUUCCUUUGGGUUCCUGACGCUACUUCAAAUGUUUUUUGUGCAAUGCAAUUCUUUUAGUUUGAAAUCCACUAGUCACUUUUAGUGAGGUUUUGGUCGUUUGACUUCCGAUCAGCAAAAUGUUGUCUUCUAGGUUGUGGCUUGUGAAAAGCAAAGUUGAUAAUUUCAAGUUCACACAGUUUUUGUUGUCAUGAGUUGCAUUUGAUUUUCACAUGGCAUUUCCAAUGUAUUUUAAGGUGUAAGUGAUGUACUUUGUGGUUGAGGGAAGUUUCAGCAUUCAGGUUGACAUGUUAUAUAAGGAGAAAUCCAAUAAAAAUAAAAUUUUAUCAUUUAAAAAAAUCUAAACAA